CGCGCCAGUUACGCACUUCAUGCCGCGCGCACUUCAUUAUGAAGUAACACACAUUAACAGAUUAAUGAAUGGAAUACUGAAAUUUGUCAAAAAGUAACACCAAGUUUGAUUGAAUUGUGUGGGGGAAAGAUGGAACCUGAUGUGACGGGAAGUCAGCAAAAUGGAGAGGGAGAUUCUGAGGCCAAAGCAGGAACGGAAGACAUGAUGAACGCGUCCAUGUCAACGAAAUCUAACCGGAUCACGCGUUUGCCUCUGACCAGAAUCAAGAACAUCAUGAAAACAGACCCGGAUGUGACGUUAGCCAGCCAAGAAUCAGUUCUUCUCAUUGCCAAGGCAACGGAGAUGUUCUUGCAGCACUUUGCCAAAAUGUCCUACGGUCACACGGCCAGAAGUAAGCGGAAAACAAUCAAAAGACAAGAUAUUGAUCUUUCUGUUGAAGCUUUGGAUGCCUAUGCUUUUCUUGAAGGGAUGCUUGAAUGAAGUGCUGAAACACCUAGUGAUUCUUUUGGGAUCUUCAUGUGACACUUUGGGAAUUUCUUGUGUGUCUUGGCCAAGAAGUGACUGAUGUCGAACUUGCCGCCUCUGUACAAAGAUGCAACAACUUUUACUUGAGAAACCAUCUAGAGGAACAUCAUAGAAUUCAAAUUUUUGAAAUAUCGAUGCAAGAGAUCCGAAAGAACCCAGGCUUGGAAAGGUUUACACCAAUGUCCAGCACUGGAUAAAAAGUUAUCCACAUUGGAAACAGCAUUAACCAAGAUACAACGUAAGUUAUUUGUUAAUGUUGCUGGCAUCAUGACCUCCGGCAUGAUCCCUGGCUAGGUAUGGAUGGUUUAUGGCUUCUGACUUGUGCCUUCUGAACAAAGACAUUGACAUUAUGGGGAACCGCCAACAUGGGGCCGGAUGGCUCAGUUGAUAGAGCGCUGGAACAGCAAUCCGGAGGUUCCUGGUUCAAUCCCUGCUCCAGUCAAUUUCUUUGUUCAAAUUUAAAAUUAUUAUAAUACAUGUAGUCAGUUUCCCAUUGUGUGGCUAAUUAUUUUGAUAAAUAUUCCUCCAAUUUCAAUCACAAGAAAUGCUCCAGCAAAACUAAAAUGCACGUGGCACGGUCAGUUUUGAAAUUGCCAUCUGCAGUGUCAGAUUCCUCUAACUAAGAGUGUAUUUAGAGAACAAAAUUUGAAAAUUGUCAAUUUUUAGAACCCAAUUUAACCUAGACUGGUCCCCACCCCUGAUAUAAAUAUGGGGACUGGUAGCUAGUUCCCAUUUAAAGCCAUUGAUUGGAUCACCUCUGCGUGUGCGCAGCAUGAUUGUUAAUUUUUGAAACGAUACUCGCAGCUUUGUGCUCGGAUGACAGUUGAACACAUGGCUAUAAAAAAACUGACUUUUAGUCUAACCGCAACCAGCAGGCAAAAUAGCUAGUGUCUCCAAAAAGGCACUUUCAAGCAUUUCAACUGCAUACAUGUACAUGUAGGUUUCAAUGUAGGUUUCAAAUACUGAAAAGUAGUUGCCCUCUCUUUAUUGAUAGUUGCCAGAGACACUUUUGAAUUCAGCAAGAAUCGAAGCUCAUCACCACAGAAACUGCACAGUUGUGGCCUGUUUGCCAUUUUGCAUUAGGCUGGUUCCGUGCAAACGUUAUCGUUGUGAUUUUGUAAUGAGGGAUUGCAGGAAUCAGACCUACAGUAGUCCUGCAUAUAAUUUGCAUACAUUAGGAGGAAAACCUAAUGCAUUCAGGGUUCAUUGCUAACUACCUGUCUCUACAUUUGAAAGUCCAAAGGACAAUGGAGGGACUAAGAAACAGUCUAAAUUUAAUCUUCUGGGUUUGGUUUGCAAUCACUGAGUGUUAUUAUGGAGUGGUUUUAAACCUAGCAUCCAAACUUUACUGUUAUAUAUUUGUAAGCUACAAAUCAACACAGUGUGAAGGCGUGGAGGGUAUUGAGUACAUAUGGGUCAUUCUGUCAUCCUAUAAAUUUAGGGUCCACUUUCUUACUGCCCACCGUACAUCUGAUAUGUAAAUUUGUAAAUUCUUUAUUCCAAGAGGUAUUGUUCAAAGCAACUACCUGCCGACCAAAUAAUAGACAAUUUGGACCCUAAAUUUAAAGAAUCACCUCUAUGUAUCCCUUCAAAGGUGAUAUUAUGGAUCUUGGAGACUUCUAGUAGAUUUUCCUUAAGAACCGAAGUUAGGAUUACUCCUGACCUCGGAACAAAACAAAAAAAUGAAACAUCAAACUGCUAAGAGAAAUAACUGCAUUAACAGAGAUUUUAUUAUUAAAGGAAAAAUGAAGUACA